AUGAAUGAAACACUGUCGCAAUACUUCUUUUCUGGUCCAACCUGGAAAUUCGAACUUGGCUCUCGGAUCCGAGAGACGAAUAGAACAGGAGUUUCUGCAAACAGGAAGGCGAUAGUUGUGUUUUUUCGGGGGAUUCAAAAAGCAGCAGUAUUAUUGUUGAGCCUGACAGUGGCUGUGGUGUCGUCUUCCGACGUCGGUGUUGGCAGCACCGACGACUCUGCUGCAGCAUCUCCUGCGGAUGAUGAGAUUGCUUGCGAAUACGCGUACCACAGAUGUUUAAACAGGGACGGAUGCAAGACUGUAUUGGGAUAUUAUUUGGAUGCGUGUGACGAAGUUCAAGUUGGC